ACCUUUGACCUCUUUAAUAUUGUUUGGUUCCCCAGCUAUUCAGAAACAACAGAAAUUGUCAGAGAAAGGAAUUCCUGAACAGUUAGCGUGAGGUAGUGAGAUAACAACAACAGGAAGUCAGCACAGCAUCGCCACAAGGAGCACGACUAUAUAGUCUGUGACUGUCGUUAGUGCGAGAAACAGGAAGGAGAAAGACCGAGAAGCAUGAUGGCUGAAUUCAGAUGGAUUCAUUUAUCAGUGAUACUAAUGCUUCAAUUAACAGGAGCACAUAGUGGAGAUCUUUUGCUCUCCUUCACUGUCAGAGAUGGAGAUAAAGUCACUUUGCCAUGUAAAAAUGUGAUCAACAAUCAUCACAACUGUGACACUACCACCUGGCUCUUCAUUGAUUCAAGAGGAAAAGCAGCAGUAGAGCUGGUUAAUCUUGGACAGAUCAAAGAAAAAGCCAAAUCAGACAGACUGAGUGUUACAGCAGAAUGCUCACUGGUUAUAAAGAAGGUCACAGCUGAGGAUGUUGGUCGUUACACCUGCAGACAGUUUAGAGGCAAUCCAGGAAAACAGCAAGGUCUAGAUGCUGUGGUUCAUCUGUCUGUUGUCAUCGUGACAGAACAGAAGAAAGCUGAUCAGCUGACUUUAAACUGCUCUGUGCAGGUAUAUGGACGGUGUAAAUACAAAGUGAAGUGGAUCCAUAACAGUGUUGCUCUGGACAGAGAUCACUCAAAAUUUAAAACAUCACAGUCUUCCUGCUCUGCUACUGUGACUUUUCUGAAACUUCAGUAUAGUCAGAUAUCAAGUUCUGACUUUAAGUGUAACAUAACAACAGAAGAAAACAAAAAGCAGCUUUUUACCUUCAGUACUCGGUCAUCAGUAACAUCAGCAACAACAGCAAAAACAACAACAAGAAAAACAACAACAACAACAGCAGCACCACCACAGUCUGAUAACCCAGGUGCAGCUCUGGUGUGGCCGUACAUCCUCGUGGCUGUUAUUUCAGCAGCACUUUUAAUCUUUGCUGUGAAACUGAUUGUACUGAAGAGAGGGAACAAAACACAAGCCAAUGAAAAUGUGGAUCAUGAAGAUGGUGUUUCCUACAUCUCCAUCAGCUACACCAACAAGGCUUACAGUGAAAACAAAGUUUGGGGUAAAUGUGACAGCGAUGAGAUAGUUACCUACUCCACUGUGAAAGCUUCCUCCACAGAUCCCAGCAGCCUCUAUGCUACCAUAAAGUAAACAAAAAGGAAACUUAAUCAUCAGGUCAUUGCUUCUGUGAAAAAGCUUCGUCUCUAUAAGAAUUAUCGGUUUGCUCAGUUUAAAAGGAGGAAGCAGCUGUGUGAGUGUUUAAAAAGCAGAAUUUGUGACACAUUUUGUUUUGUAACAUUUGCAAGGCUUUCAUUUUUAUUUUAUCUUUUGUUCAAAGUUUUGAAAUGAUGUACAUAGAUGUUUUUAUUUUGCUAUUUGCCUGUAAAUUUUCUAUAACUUUCUAUUUCUA